GAAUUAAGCUGAGGUAUUGUGCUUUUUUGGUGUUAGAUUUAAUACCAAACCAUUUUGAAGCUGAGUUUUGAAGCUUUGCUUUGUAAAAUCAUGUUAAAUUUGCAUUUUUUAGCAUUUCUUAAAUUAGGCGUUUGGGCAUGAAUUCCAAAUACUUUUUGCUUUAUUUGGAAUUUAUGAUGUUGUAUCCCCUUUUCAAACUGUUUGGCAAGCUUUUACUUGGCUGAGGGUCUAUUGAAAACAAUCUCUCUAUGUCAACGAAGUAGGGGCAAGGUGUGCUUACACCCUCCCCAGGCCUCACUUGUGGGAUUACACUGGAUUAUUUUUGGCCUCAUGUAAUUUGAUCAUGCAUUGUCUCUUUCCAAAUUAUUUGGCAUGCUUUAGUUAAACCGAGAGUCUGUUGGAAACAACCUCUCUAUCUCAACAAGGUAGGGGUAAGGUCUUGUACACUCUACCAUCCAUACCCCACUAGUGGGAUUACACUCAUUAUGUUGAUGUUGUUGUUAAAAUUUAUGAAGUUGGAAAAUAAGGUUUGGAGCACUACUACAAAUUUGGAAUCCAAACUCCAAGUUGGAUUUGGAAAUUUUAUAACCGAACUCUGAUUUUGAAAUAAAGUGAACUUUUCCAAAGAAAAAAGUGAGUGUUCCUUAAAAGAAAACAUCACUUGAGUUCUUUAGAUGCUGAUUUUGAGAUUGAUAUAUUUGCAUUUUCUUAUUCAACUGCUAUGAGGUUUAAAGUAUGUUAACUUGCUUUAUGGUAGUCGGUAGAUAUCAUUUCCAUUGUUGUAUACGAGUCUUGGCUCUUGACCAAUGAGGUUUUCCCUGCAAAUUUGAGAUAAUCAUUUUCAUUUACGUUCCUUGUUUUAUCCCCAAGCACGUGUUGUCAUCUUUUGUAGUUGUGAGAUCAAAUAUGGAUCGGUUAUAGGUUUUCAAAAAUUUGGUUUAUCCGUAUCUGUUAAAUUCAGAAUAAGUUAUCCAUUUUUGUCGUUAUCGUUAUUUAUCAUUUCCUUGUUGUCGUUCUCCGAAAAUAUAUUCUAAAUCUUUCCUCUCAAAGUUGACCAUUUCUUUAUUGUCGCCCAAUUGGAUACUCGACUAGCUUUGUCAUACUCAUGAAUGAGGUCACACAAUUUGGCACGUUGUUUUUAGUACACCUUGACGUCGUAAAUAUUAAUUUUAUAUCCGAUUUCAUUGGACAUUACGUACUAUUAAGCGUUCAACAAUUUUAGACAUGUGUAUGACAACUGAAUGUGUUGACAGGAUGACUUCAGAAGUUGGCAUGAAUUCGACAUCUGUUGAAGAAGCUAAUGCUGGAGGAAAUAUAAGAAGAGGCACCCCACUGAAAAAAGGUCCUUGGCUUAAAGCAGAAGAUGCAAUUUUAAGGGAUUACGUCGCAGAGUAUGGGGAGGGGAAUUGGAGUUCUGUCCACAGGCGAACAGGACUCGCUCGCUGUGGGAAAAGUUGCCGUUUGCGGUGGUCAAAUCACCUAAAACCAUAUUUAAAGAAAGGUGCUUUCACUCAGGAGGAAGAGCAACUCAUAGUUGCAAUGCACGCUCAGAUAGGAAACAAAUGGGCGCGAAUAGCUUCUGAGUUCCCUGGCCGCACAGACAAUGAUAUAAAGAACUUCUGGAACACCAGACUAAAGAGACAACGGCGUGAAGAAAAAUAUAUGCUCUCUCCAGGUGUUUUUUUCGGGGAAUUUAGUGAGGACAAACAAAAUAAGGAGCUGGCCACAUCAUCCUCUGCAAAUUCACUUCCUCAUCUCUUGCCUAAUAACAAUGUUGAGAUUCCAACUGCGGAAAACAGAAAUUUUGAACCUAGUCAGCAGUUGUAUCCUCCGAGGCUUCUUAAUAAUGAUUUUAGUAGCUUUCUUGGUACUCCUGCUACUAGCUUACGUGAUCAGGGUCUUAACUCUUCCUGGAAUACUCAUUCUGUCCCCUCAACAGUUCAUUCAUCCAAGCGUACACAAGGAUUAGAAUCCUGGUUCUCUAAUCGAAAUGUUGACCUUUCUCAAGCUCACCAUCAAUAUCAAAAUGAUGGUUCUUUUUUUACUCAAUCCUUGGGGUUUUCUUCGUUGUGUACUCAUAAUCUGACAUCUAAUUAUCACCGAUCAUCUGCCAGUGAAAUUCCUGGCAUCCAGGCCUCUUCUUCAGAGCACAGAUUGAAGGGUAAGCUGGAGCUCCCUUCUUUCCAAACUCCGAUGACGAGUUGGGAUUCAGCUUCCUCAGUUCCUUCAAUUGAGUCCUCCAGUACUUUUAUUCAAUCUCCUCCAAAUGAGUAUACUGAUUCUUGCAGUCUGUCACCCCAAAGCAGUGAUCUAUUGCAUGCCAUACUUUAUGGAUCACAAACACCCAAAGCUUCAAGCAGUAAUUCAUAUCAAGAGACUUCUCGUGAUGUAGUGCCAGAUUCUUGUCCUGUUCUCCGACAGAUUCAGUGGGGAACUAACCCUGAUGCAAUCACCCCUUCAGGUCAUGCUAUUACAUCUGUGUUUAGUGAAUACACCCCUAGCAGUGGAGGUUCAUUGGAGGACCACCAGUCAAUAGCUCCUUUCAUAGGAUGCAAUGUUAAUCAAGAGAUGGCUAACUUCACUCCUACUGCUGGGAAUAAUGAUACAUCAAACGACGAUUUGUUUUCUGAGACUGAUAUGUAUUUUUCUCCAAGUGAUUGGCUUCGCGACUUGGAGUAAGAACCACAUCAGAUAUGCUUUUGGGGUCUGCUCCAGUGCUCCUUUUUUCUGUUUAUAGCAGGGACUACAAGAAAGUAGCUAACUGAGUAGCCACAUUAUCCGUUGAUGGGACGUGAUUGCUCUACCUCAACGAGAGCAUGAUUUUCGAACAUAAUCUUGAUAAAACUGUAACUUCUUCAGCUUACACUGCAAUACAACACAAUGUAACAUUUUGUGUCCUCUGUAAACCUUUUCUGUUGUAAGAACAUGGUCUUAUUAGUUAUAGCUUGUAUAACUGUUUGUCAUCUUCAGUACUGCUGAAGCUGGUUUUCUGGCUAUAAAAUUCAGUUUUGUUUUA